GAGGCCUCCCACUGACGGCCAGAAGAAAUUGACUGAGGCCGGCCUGAACGUCGCCAAGAAGACGAAGAGGGCACCGUCUCCUUCCCAGGCUACUGAGGCCGGCACUCUUACCGUCCCCAGUGUGGACGAUAGUGGUCCUGUUGUGGACCUCACUGCUGCUCCUAGCGAUGCUGCCCAAUCGCUUCCUCUCGUCCAGGAGCCACGGACGAAGAGGGCCGACAAGGAGAUUGUCGGUGCCACCUACCAGAAGAUGGUGGAAUACCCCGUCGGCGGGGGUGUUUUUGAUGACAUUGUCCUCGGCCACGAUGUGCUGGCCCAGGCCAUGCCGGCCAAAGAUAGGGCCUACCUGAAGAGGCUCGGGGACGUGAAGGUGUACGAGGGCGGGAUGGACCUCCUCGUCCAAGGUGCCUUUAUGCUCAUGGAGAGCCAUAAGAGGCAGUACCGGGAGAUAGCUCGUCUGAAAGAGCUUGAGCAGAAAGCUGCCUCGGCCGAUGAGGCGGUCGCUUGCUUGGAUCGGCUCCGGGAGGAUGCCAAGGCCUUGCAACAGAGGGCCGACGUGGCCGCUGCAGCCAGGGACGAUGCCCUGGCCAAACUCGAGGAGAGCCAGAGGGCGCUUGAGGCCAAACGGCGCAAAAACGAUGAUGCCGUGAAGGCGAAAGCUGAGACCGAGGCUGCCGCUGUGAAGGCCGCUGAUGAGGCCGUUAAGCAAUUCCUGGCCGAGGGGUGGAAGGCCGAUGAGCGGCUCUCCUGGUGCUA